AUGACGGCGACGGUGGAGUCCGCGGACCUCGCGAACGCGUUCGUCGAGCUGACGAAGGAGGAGGCGGAGCUCGUCGAGGUGCUCUGCGCGGCGGCGGCGCCGACGGGGACGACGGUGCGCAUCUGCGGGGGCUGGGUGCGCGACAAGGCCCUGGGGCGCGUCACGAAGGACGUGGACGUGGCCCUGGACAACGUGUCGGGCGCGGCGUUCGCGGCGCGCGUGUCCGAGGCGCUCGCGGCGCGCGGCGGCGACCGGGGCUCGAACAUCGGCGUCAUCGCGGCGAACCCGGAGCAGUCGAAGCACCUCGAGACGGCGACGAUGCGCCUCUGCGGCAUCGAGGUCGACUUCGUGAACCUCCGGUCCGAGUCCUACGCGGACGCGGGCGACACGCGGAUCCCGACGAUGACCUUCGGCACGCCCGAGCAGGACGCGCUCCGGCGCGACUUCACGCUCAACGCGCUCUUCUUCAACGUCCACAGCCGGGCCAUCGAGGACUACACGAAGCGCGGCUGGGACGACCUGCGCACGGGCAUCAUGCGCACGCCGCUCGAGCCGCGCGUGACCCUGCUCGACGACCCGCUCCGCGCGCUCCGCGGCGUGCGCUUCGCGAGCCGCUACUGCUUCGCCCUCGAGCAGGGCUUCGUCGGGGCCUGCCUCCUGCCGGAGGUGCGCGCGGCGCUCCUCGCCAAGGUCUCGCGGGAGCGCGUCGGC